AUGGAUGGACUUACAGCCGCCGAGAGCCGCGAGCUCGACCAGCGCCUUCAGAAACGCCAGGUUAAGGAGUUUAUGAGUGUCUUCGGCAACCUAGUCGACAACUGCUUCACCGCCUGCGUCGACGACUUCACCUCCAAGGCCCUCUCCGGCCGCGAGUCCGGCUGCAUCAGCCGCUGCGUGCUCAAGUCCAUGUCGACCCAGACCCGCCUGGGCGAGCGCUUUGGCGAGCUCAACGCUGCCAUGACUGCUGAGAUGCAGAGGCGGUAA